AUGAAUUACAACGUCCUCCUUCUCCUCGCCGCGCUCAGCUCCUCCGCCGUCGCACAAACGACAGCCUCCAGCGGCAGAAGCAGUCUCUUCAGCGCAUGCUCCGAAGCAGCCAAGGCCGUCAGCACCGCCUUUGCCGCAUUCCCGACCCCUACCGGUGCUGUGAUGAGCUACCUCGAGGCGGCGGAGAAGACGGCGGCGGACCCGUGCAGCUGGAUCGCGUCGGCACCGACCUCCCUGAGCGCCGAAGUCGGCAGCUUCUCGUCCCAGCUGUCGUCCCUGAUCGCAGGCAAUAGCGCCGCCUUCCAGCAGGCAAUCUCCUGCGCCGCCCUCAUCGGCUCCGCCGCGACGGCUCCCUUGGCCACCGUGACGCCCUAUCUGCACAUCACCGACUGCGCGAAGCCGAUGGCGACGGAGCAGAAAAAAGCCGUCGUCUCUGCCAACGCCGGGCCUUUGCCGACUGGUGCCGCCGCCGCCGCCGUGGCUGGGGCCGCGUUGCUCGGAGUUGCGGGACUCUUGUAA